CGUUCUACGAGCACAAUCGGGAUAGGCCUGGUGCAACCUCUUACCUUUUUGUACACCACUUUGGCAGAAAAGGUACUCCAUUCGUAUACCUUAAAUUGAAAAAAAGGUAUCCCUUUCACAUACUUCCAUAACUGACCCGUAUUAUGAAUAAAUCGCCCAAAAAGAAGUCUUCUUGUCAUCUUGAUGUCCGUUCUACCGUUGGGGAGAGUACCUCUCCCCCUCACUACCGCCCGGGAUGCACCCAGAAUGCACCGCGAUCCUUGAACUGGUAGGUACCAGUCUCUUAGCAUACGCAAGAAAAGAACAUGGCGGACGGCGGAACACGAUGAGGAAAUUCCGUAAACUUAACCAGUUGCAGAGAUAUAUCGAAUGUGUGAAGGUGAAAGUGCGCCCUCACUUGAAAAAAGAAACAAAGUAUCAAUCCACACAACAAAGAGAAGAGCUGGCCUCGAGAGUGGAGGAGUUAAGAGCUGUUUCAAACUCGAAGAAUGUUCGAAGAAUAUGCCAGAAUGAUAUUUCUGUUGACGAAUUCCGGCGUUGCUUUGAGAAAACGAACACUCCAGUAAUACUUUAUAGUGAACCUCAUUGGAAGCGAACUAACUCAAUUUCACAAUCUAGUCCUGCUUUAGUGCGACUGACUAGAUUCUUAAUGCUGUUUAAAGAUGAAUACUUAGAAUGCGGUGAAGAUGGCGACGGUUAUUCCAUUGAAAUCAAACUGAAAAAUUUCUUGAUAUACACGAGACGAUUUAAUGACCGAUUUCCGUUGUAUAUAUUUGAUGGUUCGGUACCUCAUUGGAGAGAUGCACAGAGGAAACGAAUCAUGGUGAAAAACUUGUUUGAUCCACCAAAGUUUUUCAAACAGGAUUACAUGGCUUACCUUGGAAAAGAAGAUCGUCCGCCAUGGAAGUGGCUACUGAUAGGACCAAAGAAUUCUGGAACUGCUCUUCAUGUCGACCCUCUUGGGACAAGUGCAUGGAACAGGCUUUUAUUUGGAGAGAAAAUUUGGCUUCUUUUUCCACCAGAAACUCCCGCUGAACUAUUACAAUCAACUCAGCCGGGCAGUUAUUGUGCAGAGGCGUGUGAUUGGAUGAUUUCUAUAUACCCGAGGACCCAGUGUAAUUCCUGGCCACAGAAAUAUAAGCCACUGCUUGCAUUCCAGUUCCCUGGAGAUGUCAUGUUCCUUCCCUCUGGAUGGUGGCAUCUUGUACUUAAUGUGAAAACCAGUGUCGCAGUGACACAGAAUUUUGUUAGUCAGGAAAAUUUCCCACUGGUAUGGGAAAAGACUUGUAAAGAAAAGCCAGAUCUAGCAGAGAUGUGGUCAAAGGCUCUUUUGAAGCAUGGCCAAACUCAUCUUACAGCAUUCCAAUCUGCCUUUCAUUUCAAUUAAUCAUUGCCUAUGAAAAAACAAACCAAAUGGAGUUGGUAGUGUUAACAAGUAGAUAACUUGUAAUCUUUUAUAGUUUAUCAGAAGUAAAGCUUGUGUCAGAGACUGGAAUUUUGAAAAGCUGACUCUGUCUGGGCAAUUCUUAGUUGUUCUCCAUCUCUUUUGCAGCUGUUGGUGAAAGAAAAUAAAUAUGUAUUACAGGGCUGUAACCUGUAACACCUGUUA